UUCCUGUCCCACUCCACAGGCGUUGAUCACCCCUGCCUCUGCCACCAGGGGUCUAGGACGUGGGAAACCGCUUGGACACACGGCACAUGUGGGAGGGUCCUCCAGCUCUUCAGACACAGACGACGACAUCAACGUUGUGGAAAGCUUCAACAGACGUCGGCAACCCCUCACCCUUCCCGCCUUAUCUCAGAAUCCAGACUCAACCUCUUGUACAACAAGAGCAGCUCCACGUGCAAGGCUCCUCGAUCCAAAGCCCAAGGAAGCGAAGCUCUCGGAGAACCCGCAAAACAUCAAGCGGUGCAUUGAAAGCGGCUGGAAGAAGCGGAUCACCCAGAUGGUGAAAAAUGCGGUUCAAUCAAAUGCGAAAACCAGAGGGCCCCAGUUCCAGGGGAAGAAGACGACUUCUCUUCCGGCCAGGGUGCCAACCAAGAAGCCGUCUUUCAAUCCGGCGGAAUUCACCCAAGCAGACAGCCUCGAGUGGGGAGCUUCGUGGGCCAACGCCAGGGACCGGGGCCAGAACUCCGCGAGUUCCGAGGAGGACGACGGCGCAGAGCUCAGCGACGAAGAGUGCGCGACGGCGGCGGAGAAGCGCGCCCUUGCCCUGGAGUUGCACGAUGCGAUGGAGUCUGACACCCCCGAAGGCUCGCUGUCGUCCCUCUCGGAAAGCCUGGCGGGGGAGGCGGUGUCGGAGGGCUGCCCGCCGCCUCGGAGCUUCGGGGUGGCCAUCCUCCCGGAGUCCACAACUGAAAAACGCAUCUGCGAGGUCCUCACGCCGUUCUCGGAAGUGUGCUCGAUUGCGCCGACUCCCGGCUCUGGAGGGCAUUAGCAAUCUUUUAUAUUUUUCGUGACAUGCAGGCACAUUUUGCUAUAGUCGGUGACAGAAGAGUUCAGGGGAAGCUCUUUCCACCUCUUUCCACUUUAGUGGAGCGAAUACUGGAGAGGAGGCAAGACCUCUCCGGCAUUUGCUCCGCUAAGGUGGAAAGGGGUAAAGCAAGCCUCCCCUGAACUCUUAACGUGUGACUCAGUAUAGACAACAAAUAUUUAUUUGAUUAUUUUAGUGUUUUGGAAUUCUGUUGUGGUUGUGUUAUGGUGGUGUUUGCUACAAGUUCUGUUGUGUUAUGGUGUGAUUGUGUCAUUCGCUAUACUCGGAUAAAAGUAAAGAAGGAAAGAGGAUUUUUUUCUGCCUCACUAUCUUUUUAGAAAUUAAUGCGCGAUAUUAUAUUGUAGUUGAAUUGUGAGUUGCACAGCAUUAAUACUCUUACGAUUACCUAACAUGCACUGUGUGUGCCGUGUACCAACCACGGCAUCCAAUAUUUCCGUCGACCAACCAGGAAAGGUAGUUACUAUGACGAGUUAUGUGAUGUGUUGGACCGGAAUGAACAGUUUUGGAGAGUGCAAUAAACAAUUUAAUGAUAACUUUUGGAAGAAACUUUGUACGGGUGGAAUUUCGAUAUCAUUCGGUCUUGUCCGCUGGGCUUCUUCCUUUCGUAUUCCCAUGCCAGGUUGCACGUGUAGGAGUAAAUCAAAGUCAGACUCUGUGAUCAUUCGCGCUCUUUCUGUCAACUGGGCAAGGUGGGGUUGGCUUGAGUGUUCAGAGAUGGGGCUCUCCUUACCGGUUGUUCGGCCGGCCGCGUGCGAACUAUCAGUGUGCAACAGCCUUAAGAGCAGACUGCCGAAGAAGAUUCUUAACUUGGAUCUGGCUAGGUGUUGACAUCAACGGACUACUUCCAAAAAUCCCUGCAUGCAACACUGCACGCAUUGCACUGUGGGGACUUCUUUGGCUGUGGAAAAGAGUGGCGCGAUUUCAAUUGCCCCUUUGACGAAGUGGUGCACCUCGCCACUGCACGAAAACAAAGUCUGCGCUUGCUUGCAUGGCA